AUGACACUUGGAACUGGUAAAGAAUCAAAAAUGACGGAUGGAAUUACUGAAGAGCAAGAGAUCGAUAUUACUGAGACGAGUAUUAGCUUAGAAGAAGAAGCAAAUGAAAGAAAACGACGGCUGAAGGAAAUGCGUGAACAAAUGCAACGAGAGGAUGAUGGAGCAGAAUCUGAAUCAUUAACUAAAUCGAGGAAGCUCACAUUUCGGAGUUAUGAGCCUCAAGAUAAUUUGGGUGAUAAAUGUGAUGAUGUGGAUCUGUUUGCUGUCGAGAAGGAGAUUGCUGAUCAGUUAGCAGACACCCAAGAUACUAGGGCUGUGGAACAAAUUGAUAUCACAACAUUAGCACCUCGAAAAAUUGACUGGGACCUAAAACGUGAUGUUGCGGAAAGGUUGGAAAAACUGGAAAGACGAACGGAGCGUGCUAUGGCCCAGUUGAUUCGUGAACGUCUAAAAGCUGGCAAAACUGAACUGGCUGACGCUGUUAAUUCAGGUGCUUACAGCGAAUUACAACAUGAUGACUGA